AUGUACAUAGUUUUCAUGGUCCUUCGCGACGCCUUGAUUGAGAACCAGUCGGCCGAGAUGUACGUUGGUGUGUGCAAGCCAAAGGUUCUGGGAACUCAGUGUCUUGACGACGUGUCGCGAAGGGGUUGUCCUGAUCUCGACCACUUCGUCGUCUUCUCCUCCUUGGCUUGUGGUCGUGGAAACAUUGGCCAGACAAACUACGGCUUCGCAAACUCCGUCAUGGAACGUCUUUGCGAGCUUCGGGUUGCGGACGGACUCCCUGGCUUGGCCAUACAGUGGGGCCCUAUCGGAGACGUUGGCGUUGUCCACGAUGUCUUCGGCGAUGACGCGACAAUUGCUGGACUUUUGCCACAGCCAAUAAAUUCUUGUUUGGAGGUGUUGGACUACUUCCUGAGCCAAAGUCACCCCGUCGUGUCGUGCUUUGUCAAGAAAAGCCAGUCUUCAGCUUCAGACAGCAUGGAGAAGCGAGAUCUCGUUAAGAGCGUGGUUCAUAUACUUGGGAUCAAAGACCCAUCGAAGAUGAGCCCGACCGUGAGCCUCGGCGAGUUGGGCAUCGACUCCUUGAUGGGCAUCGAGGUGAAACAGCUGCUGGAGCGAGACUACGACGUUGCCCUGACUGCACAAGAAAUCCGGCAGCUUACCGUCAAUCAGUUAAAAGAGAUCAGCAAAGCCUGCACCGACAAUUCACCAGGUUAUGACACCAACCUGAAGAAUGGAAGCGGCGUUCGUGAGAGACGAGUUCACGUCCAGCUGCUGCUGCUGCCAAAUGACUCGUUUCGUUGUGAGGCCGACGCUUUUAUAGUCAAAGGUGGGGCCGAGAUCCUGGUGAUGUCGCAGGGCAGCAGAAUACUCGCUGGGGGUGAAGGAGGCACGAUGAUCAGGAAUCUUGACAAGCCCCCGGAAAGCCAGGACAAUAGGCGCCGAAACAGCAGCAUGAAACAGCAUGAAAUGACCUGGUGUUAUGUACGCUCUCAGAACUCUGGAGUGAAGAAGCGCGCCAGUGGCAGCAGCAGCGAACGAAUUGACUCUCGUGCUGCCUGUCGCAUCAACGCGAAGUCUCGAAAGCAGCGUACGGCGGACUCUGUACACAUCGCUGAUGGCUUGCACGAUACAGCGGCCCAGGCGGCUGCGCGAGCCCACCCGGGCCGCCCAGCGUAG